AUGCUCCGCCGCAAACCCACAGCAAUAACCCUCACAACAGAAGACGUCGCAAUCUACGAAGACACCCGCGCCCGCGAAGCCCAACUCCUAGAACAAGCCGCCUACCAACAGCAGAAAGCCCACCAUCAACAGGGAAACAACACGCUGCAGAACAAGAACCCGAAUCUGGCCGAGGAGCGAGUUUUACGGGGUGUGAAGACGAGGGAGGAGAGGUUGGGGAUUGCGGGGAAUGGGGGGAGGAGUUGA